CUUUAUCUGCGACUGGCGAUGUCGUGCAGCAUGCUUCGUCGGCUCUGGAUGCUGCCUUGACACUUUGCCACUUCCUCACCAACUGAGCAAACCUUUUGGGGUGGAUGAUGGUCAUGGCUGGGUGUUCUUGGUUCUCAGGCACAGAGAUGCGGGACUUAGUAGCAGCUGAGAGGGGACAUGGUGCGUGGGCUGGUGGCUGUAAAGGGAGGCAGCCAGAUUCAGAUCAGAUUUUGCUGGGCCAUGGCUUGCUGUGUAGAGGCAAAGGUAGUGGACUAGUGGGCUGAGCAAUCAGAUGCAUGCUACAGUCCUUGAUGCUAAAGUGGGCAGGGGCAUUAUAUGCAACCAUCUGGGGUCCAGGUUUUAUGGAUGUGUUCCAUUUGCUACGGUGUCACGAGAUUGGGAGCAACCCGGUGAUUGCAAUCAGGUGAGGUGAAGAGCCAGUGUCACAGGGGACACUGCAUAUGAUGGUCAGGAGUCUUUGCAGAGUAGAUGGAGUAUGCUUCACUGCUUUUGGGCGUGUACUUUGCACUUACAGCUGCAGCUCCAUGCUAGGUGUUUGUUGGUUGGUUUAGCUGUGCUUUGAUUGCUGCAAAUCUAGCAAGUUGCCUGACAGCUCCAUAUCUCAUGGUCUGCAAGAUUUCUAGCACAGCAUGUGACUGCCAUUUCCUGGUAUCUCCACUGCAUUUUCCAAUGGGCCUAUGAUCAGUUGGUAACCAUCAGGUCGCCACCUUCAGCGGGAAAGUCUGCCCUUGCCAGCCAUUGCCGAAUACGACGUGCCACAUGGUCCUUUCGUUUCUUUCUCCAGCACCGUCGACGACCAUGAGCAGCCACAAUUGUGCUGAGGCAAGUGUUCGGUGUGUGCCGGAGCUUGGCUUGGUGAUUGCCUAUGCUACCAUACUGACCGGUCUGGCACGAGGACCCCAUGUUAAUUGUUUAUCUGCAAUGCCCACCGCAAAAUACAGCAGCUUGCAAGUUGCCUGAGUUGGCACAAUGGCUGAUCAUUCACCCAAAAUCAUUUAUCACAUUAUCUGUAGCUUGCGGCAACAACAUUGCAUGCAGAGCACUCAUGGCAUUGUCUCCCGCCCACCGCUCUUGCUGAUAGCUACACACAACCCACACAUCUGACCUACCCUGAGCCCUCUCUUCCUUUCUACUAUAAAUCCAUGGCCUGCUCAUCACAAACUUCUUCAUCUCAUCUCCAAUCCAAACAACAUCAUAGUUUACACCACACCUUCAGACUUUCAGAACUAAAGCGAAGUUUAGCUAGUCAGGAACACAUCACUCAACCAUGAUCCAUCCAAAGAAGCUUGCUCAGCUGGCCAAGAAGUGGCAGAGGAAGGUCGCAGCCGGGGCUGGUGGCCAGCAAGCCAGUGAGUGCUGCAGCGCAGUCGCUGACAAGGGCCAUUGUGUGGUGUACUCCGCCGACGGGGUGCGGUUCGAGGUCCCGCUGGCGUACCUCGGCACGACGGUCUUCGUCGAACUCCUGAGGAUGGCUGGGGAGGAGUUUGGCUUCGCGAGCAGCGAGGGAGGCAGGAUCACGCUGCCCUGCGAUGCCACGGUUAUAGAGUAUGUCUUGUGCCUAGUCAGAAGAGACGCCUCCGAGGAGGUCGAGAGAGCAUUCUUGAGCUCCAUUGCUGGGCACUGCCAUGGCCAAGAUGCAUCGAUGGGACUCGCCCAUCAAUUUGCUCUUUGUACGUAGUUUAGCUACUGAAAAUCUGAAUUUUUUCGGUCG